CAGUUGAGUUUUCUGGUUGCUUUCUAACGCGUGAGAAAAGUGCGAAAAUUUAUUGUAAUCAAUCGUCAAUUAACGUUUUCCUGAUUUGUUGUUCAUUGAAGCAUUAAAGUUUCUGAAAUGUCGAAUAUUGUUCUAGAUAAAGACAGUUUUUAUAGGCGGAUAAAGCGUUUGUACGCAAAUUGGAAGGAGCCGGAAUUUGCGCACGAUGACUCGCUUUCGAAAGUUGACUGUAUAUUGACGGCGGUCGGAGCGGAUGAGGAAACAAUAUACAGUAAAUCGACUUCGCUCCAGACAUGGCUGCUGGGCUACGAGUUGACGGAUACGAUCACUUUGUUAUGUGAAAAGGCAAUUUACUUCUUGACGAGUAAGAAAAAGAUCGAUUUUCUGAAACCGAUCGACAGGGAAGGCGAAGAAAAUGUGCCUGCUGUUAAACUUCUUGUUCGUGAUAAGAAUGACAAGGAUAUGGCAAAUUUCGAAAAAUUAUUGGAAGCGAUGAAAUCGUCUAAAAAUGGUAAAACCUUAGGAGUAUUUACAAAGGAUAAGUUCCCGGGCAGCUUUUGUGAAUCAUGGCGCGCAUUUGUGAAGGAUAAAAAUUUCGAAAAUGUGGACAUAAGUGUCGCCAUCGGGUAUAUAAUGUGUGCCAAGGAGGACCCAGAAGUGAUCACGAUCAAAAAGGCUUGUUUGGUCACUGUGGAUGUGUUUAACAAGUAUCUCAAGGAUCACAUUAUGGAGAUUAUCGACGCGGAUAAGAAAGUCAAACAUCAGAAAUUGUCUGAAGGUGUCGAGCAGGCAUUGACCGAUAAAAAGUACGUUACUGGUGUAGACAUCAACCAACUGGACAUGUGCUAUCCGCCAUUGAUCCAAUCAGGAGGUAAUUACAAUUUAAAAUUUAGCGCUGAAAAUGAUAAGGCAUAUUUGCACUUUGGAGCAAUUAUUUGUGCCCUUGGAGCCCGCUAUAAAUCCUACUGUUCCAACAUUGUCCGCACGUUACUGGUUAACCCAACGGAAACAAUGCAAAAACAUUAUACCUUCUUAUUGAACUUGGAGGAGGAACUGUUAAAGGUAAUGGUGGUAGGCAAGAAGCUUUCUGAAGUAUACGAAGCAGGUAUGGAAUAUGCGAAAAAAGAGGAGCCAAAAUUGGUGGAAAAGUUGACUAAGACUUUUGGGUUUGCCGUCGGCUUGGAGUUUCGAGAGAACUCUAUGAUCAUCGGACCAAAGUGCGUAGCGGUGCUGAAGAAAGGUAUGACUUUUAGCGUGAAUGUUGGUCUCUCUGGAUUGGAAAACAAGAGUGCCGCUGACAAGGAGUCAAAGAUUUAUGCGCUAUUUGUUGGUGAUACGGUUCUGGUGAAUGAAGACGCGCCCGCUAGUGUAUUAACGCAAUCCAAAAAGAAAAUCAAGAACAUUGGUAUCUUUUUGAAGGAUGAUGAAGAGGAAGAUGAAGAAGAAGAGGAAAAAACGAAAAAAGCUCCAGAGAUUUUGGGGCGCAGUGGCAAGCGAUCAACAGUAUUGGAGAGUAAGCUGCGUAACGAGCAAAACUCAGAGGAAAAACGAAAGCAGCAUCAGAAAGAACUGGCCGAUGCUUUAAAUGAGAAGGCUAAAGAGCGUUUAGCCAAGCAGGGAGGAGGAAAAGAAGCUGAAAAAGUGCGAAAAUCUACCGUAUCAUACAAGGGUGGUAUCAACCAAAUGCCACGUGAGCCGGAAGUGAAAGAGCUUAAACUUUUUGUUGAUCGUAAAUAUGAAACCGUCAUCAUGCCCAUUUUUGGUGUUCCAGUUCCGUUCCACAUUUCGACCAUAAAAAAUAUUUCUCAAUCGGUAGAAGGCGAUUACACAUAUUUGCGUAUUAACUUUUUCCAUCCGGGUGCGACAAUGGGCCGUAACGAAGGCGGGAUGUAUCCAAAUCCCGAUGCAACCUUUGUGAAAGAAGUAACAUACCGUUCGACUAACACAAAGGAACCGGGCGAAAUCAAUGCUCCUUCCACUAACUUGAACACGGCAUUCCGCUUGAUAAAGGAAGUUCAGAAACGAUUCAAAACACGUGAAGCGGAGGAACGUGAAAAAGAAGAUUUGGUUAAGCAGGAUACUUUGGUACUGUCGCAGAAUAAGGGUAAUCCUAAGCUCAAAGAUCUGUACAUCAGACCGAAUAUUGUUAGCAAACGCAUGACCGGUUCGUUGGAGGCACACAUCAACGGCUUCCGCUACACAUCGGUUAGAGGUGACAAAGUAGACGUCUUGUACAACAACAUCAAAAGCUCCUUCUUCCAACCAUGUGAUGGUGAAAUGAUCAUUCUACUACAUUUUCAUCUGAAACAUGCCAUUCUCUUCGGUAAGAAAAAGCACCUGGAUGUGCAAUUCUACACGGAAGUCGGUGAAAUUACGACCGAUCUGGGAAAACACCAGCAUAUGCACGAUCGCGACGAUUUGGCUGCAGAACAGGCGGAACGUGAACUGAGGCAUAAGCUAAAGACAGCUUUCAAAAGCUUUUGUGAAAAAGUAGAAGCCAUGACUAAACAGCAAAUUGAGUUCGAUACUCCCUUCCGGGAUCUAGGCUUCCCUGGUGCUCCUUUCCGCAGUACUGUGCUACUCCAGCCGACAUCCGGUUCACUGGUAAAUCUAACCGAGUGGCCUCCAUUUGUCAUCACACUGGAGGACGUGGAACUAGUACACUUUGAACGUGUUCAAUUCCAUUUGAGAAAUUUUGAUAUGGUAUUCGUUUUUAAAAAUUACCACCAAAAAAUAGCGAUGGUGAACGCAAUCCCGAUGAACAUGCUGGACCACGUUAAAGAAUGGUUAAAUUCCUGCGAUAUCCGUUACUCAGAAGGUAUCAUUUCGCUGAAUUGGGCAAAGAUUAUGAAAACCAUCACGGAUGAUCCUGAAGGCUUUUUCGAAACUGGUGGUUGGAAUUUCCUUGAUCCGGAAUCGGAUGACGAAAACCAAGCAGAUGAUGAUUCCGAAGACGAGGAAGACGAUGCCUAUGAACCGACCGAUGACGAUGAUGAAGAGGAAUCUGACGACUCAGAGGACUAUUCGGAAGCGUCCGAAGAUGACGACAGUGGCAGUGAAGAAGAUCUUGGUUCGGAAGAAGAAUCUGGCAAGGAUUGGUCCGAUUUGGAACGUGAAGCUGCAGAAGAAGACAGAAAUCGCGAUAAGGAUGACUACGAUGACAGCAGGCAUUCCAAGAAGCGUUCUCAUCAUAGCUCAUCGAAAAGCAGCAGUCGUGACAAGCACAAGGACAAACAUCGUAGCAGUGGUAAGCACAGCAGCAGCAACGACAAACACAAGAGCAGCAGUAGCAGCAGUCACAAGCGAUCUCGGGAUGACUCCAGAGAGAAUUCGCAUCAUCACAAGAGCAAAAAGUCCAGAAAAUAAACAACUCAUCCGCGACUACAGCCUAAAUCAUAACAUUGUUUACUUUCUUUCACAUUAGUGUACAAGUGUUUUAGCCAGAGCCCAAGGUGAAUUAAGCGGAAUAUUUGUACAACUUUUGUUCUACGCUUUGUUCGUUUUAAUAGCGGUACAAUCCGGUUAUAAACUUCGAUUAAUUAUGUGUAGUUCGUUAAGUUAUCAGUUAUUAAAAACGCAGACAAACAAAACAUACAUUCGAUGCAGUUGUACAAUCAAUGUUUAGUCCUUAAACCUAUACCAAUAGGAUCACCGACGCUCAUAACGAGCUGUUUAAAGGAAAUCUCAUUUUCUCUUCUUCGCAAACAUUAUACAAAAUAUCAAAACUGCAGAAUGGACGGACUCUGAUCUACAAAGUAAUAAGCGAAUGAAAUAUUACGAAGAUGAUGGAGCACUUAU